GCGAGCUGCCUGUGAGGCGUCGAGUCCAGCGCGCACGUCGCAGCGGCUCUCCUCUCUUCUGCGCUCACGCUUCUUUUUUUUUUUUUUUUUUUUUGUGUGUGCUCUUUUUAUAGAAACAGCUUCCACUUUUCUUCUAGUUUUCACGCUCUUCGCUGCUCUGUCAUGCGUUUUGGACGGCGUGGAUCUCAACGCAUAAACUUGAUUAAACGCAGCGUGGCGGCGCGCAACUUGACGUAAAGUUGACAAUAUGAGCAAAUUCCCGAUUUCGUCUGCGUUACAGACAACACGCAAGUAGUCUGCACUGUGGUCAUGGACUAUGGAUGCUUUAAGUCUGUCCGUGAACGCGGUGUCCUACACUGUGGCGGCUGAGCUGAGCCCGAUCGAUGACCCGUUCACUGGACCCAUCCACAACAUCGCGCCGUGGAACUUCACCAUUUUGGCCCUGCUCAUGUUUGUGGUCACCUCCCUUUCUCUGAGCGAAAACUUCCUCGUCAUGUUUGCCACAUACAAGUUCAAACAACUCAGACAGCCGCUGAACUACAUCAUAGUGAAUUUGGCCAUAGCUGACUUUCUGGUCUCCCUCACAGGAGGACUCAUAAGUUUCCUGACUAAUGCCAGAGGAUAUUUCUUCCUGGGCCAUUGGGCUUGUGUGGUGGAGGGCUUUGCUGUCACUUUUUUCGGAAUUGUAGCCCUGUGGUCUCUGGCCGUUCUGUCCUUCGAACGAUUCUUCGUGAUCUGCCGACCUCUGGGUAACAUUCGACUGCAAGCCAAACACGCCGUCACGGGUCUGCUCUUCGUCUGGAUCUUUUCCUUCGUUUGGACCUUCCCUCCAGUGCUGGGCUGGAACAGAUACACUGUCAGCAAGAUUGGAACAACCUGUGAGCCUGACUGGUAUUCAUCCGACAUCACUGACCACAGCUACAUCAUCACUUUCUUCUCCACUUGUUUCAUUCUGCCUCUUGGACUUAUCUUCUUCUGCUAUGGAAAGCUCCUGAAGAAGCUCCGGAAGGUGUCCCAUGGUCGUCUGGCCACUGCCAGGAAACCGGAGCGUCAGGUGACCCGUAUGGUCGUAGUCAUGAUUAUAGCGUUCAUGGUGGCAUGGACACCAUAUGCAGUCUUUGCUAUACUGGUUACAAUUCAUCCAAGCAUUGAACUGGAUGCGAGGUUGGCUUCCAUCCCUGCCUUCUUCUCUAAGACAGCUGCGGUGUAUAACCCAAUCAUCUACGUGUUCAUGAACAGACAGUUCAGGAAGUGCAUCAUCCAGCUCUUCACCGGCAUUGUGGCCAUGCCGGAAAGCAACAUGAACCAGACAUCAGAGCGACCAGGAACCACUGCAGACAGUCAAACAGGAGAAAUGGCUGCCAUCGCAGCCCGUAUCCCCAUCGGUGGUACAAGAUCGCCCAGGUCUGAAGAUUCUCAGACUGACUGUGGCUCCUUUGCUCAGCGCCCCAUCCCAGAGAACAAAGUGUGUCCGAUCUAAAAGCAAAGCUACUCGCUGCAGGUCUACUCCAACAUGUAUUUCCUGUCCCAAACCCUUUUGCCAUAUUGUAGCUUUGGACUUAGUCGUUUUCUCUUAUUGCAAGGAGGGGGUAGGCUCAAAAUAUCAAUCCAAUCAAUCAAACUUUAUUUGUAAGCUCUUUUCAUACAAUGGAGUGCAAAAGCACACGACUUACCCAUUUGAUACUUCAUAAAUACAAGCUUGUCUUACAUUUGUUUCUGCUGGCGGCUACCUUUGUUGUUCUCUUGACCACAUUUGCACAACUUCUAGUGUGUCACAAAAUACGACCCGCACUUUAACUGACUUGAUAGACUUUCAUACGGUAUCGCCAUGAGAAUAGAAACUUCUGGCAAAUCACGGCAUACGUUAGUUGACGUCUAGUCAGUAAUUUUCAAAUACCAAAAUUCAGCCUUUCAUCUACUCUAUUGCCUUUGUCUUUCAAGGACCGAGACGAAGCCUGCAGAGGAAGCAUAGUUUUACUAUGCUGUUUCAGUGCUUUGCUUUGGCAGCACAUCUUCAGUCAAAUCCACCCGUCAAAAAGUUAGAAACCCCCGUCUGAAUUUGUAUUUUUUUUGUUUUUGCUCAUACUGUGUAGACGAGUGACGGGCAGUGCUUUCAUCCAUACUGCAUGGUCAAUGGGAGAGGUCCCUAUUGACUGGACUGCUGAGAUACAGAGCAAUACAUUCAUGCAGUCAAAAUGGGAUAAACAAACACAUGAAGAUGCACACAAUAAACACCAUGCUCAGUAGAAUUGAUUGACACACAUCUUAAUUAAUGAAGAACUCAAAGGUUCAAUAAGUUUGCCUUGCAUUUUAAUGUAUCGUAUUGCACCAAGCCAUUUCGGGCAAUUCUAUGUUUGGGAGUAUGAUUGAAUUUUGUGAGAAAAGUCAGCAACAUGAGCUGUGUGCAAACAUCACCAGGCUCUCCUGGUGAAUAAAACAAAUGACUCUGAGAUGACGAAUAAGACUACACUGUACUGUAUUUUGGAAGCAAGGGUUAUUUCGCCAGUGAGCAUGAGCAUAGCUGAUAACUGCUGAUUUACCACCCACUGUAAUGGACUCGCACAGAAGUUAUUGGGUAACACACAUCAUCCUGACUACUAUUUAAUCGGAAUGAACAACAAACAGCCAGAAAACUGCUCAUCAAAGACCUACAGCACUAUGAAAAAUUAUUUGCCUUCUCAAAUUCUUAUUUUUUUCCCCCCACUCAACAAUAAGGAAUAGACUUUACGAAAAUGGUAUCCAUGACAGGGUUCCAAGGCGAAAAUCACCACUGGCCAAAAACAACAUAAAGACUUGUCAUACUAUUGAAGAAAAUAAAUAAAUAAAAAAUGAAAAAAAUGACCAUUUAAAAACUCAAUUUUAUGUUUACUUGAGUUAUCUUUGUUGUUUUCAUUUAUUUGAUGAUCUUAAAUAUUCAAUGGAGAAACUAUGCAAAAAAGUCAGAUUUUGAGAAGAGGGCAAACAUUUUUUCACAGCACUCUACCUCUGGCUGUACUAGAUACUACAGUACUGGCAUCAUUACAUGAUUACAUGACACAGGCAGGAAAUUAAGUCACAAAUUAAAUUACAAAUUAAACCACCACUACAUUUCUUAUUAGUAUAGGGUUGAGGCGAUAACAGUUUCACAUGUGAUUGUCUGAAACUUCUGUAUGUACAGUACGCUUCUAACUUUGUGUUGCAGGUUUGAGACCCUUUCUGUUCCAGCAUGACUGUCCCUGUGCACCAAGCAAGGUCUUAAGACUUGCUUGGAUGAGUUUGGUGUGGUAGAUUUUACUGGGAAAUACAGUGCCAACUCAGUCCCAUCGAACACCUUCGUGAGAUGCAAGGACAGAGAUUUUGAGCCAGGCCCUCUUUUCCAACAUGAAUGACAUUAUAAAUGUUGUAGCUGUUGUGUCUUUUCAGUCCAUGUUAGUGUACCAAUAUUACAGUAUUGCCCAUAUAUAUAUAUAUAUAUAUAUAUAUACUGUAUAUGUAUUGAUACAUACUGUACAUUUGAACUGCACUCUGCUGUUGUUUUAUGAUAAACUCUCCAUGGUAGCAUGUUUCAAUCCAUAUUAUUGACAUUAAUCUUGCAAAUAAUAAGAUCAUAAGCACAGAUCGGUUAUCUUCACAUACACACAUACACAGAUGUAAAUUGAACAGUGUUCUAUUUUUACUUGCCUUUGUGCUGCAUGUUUGUUUUAUAUUUUUGGAUGUAUGUCCAACACUGUUGUACUCUCAAUUGCACAAGAUGUUGCACAAUGUUCUAAAAGUAAUUGUACGCCGUUUGUUGUAUACUGACUUUGUGUGUAAAUGUGACUAGUCAGGUAGGACAAACUCUGUCAGUACAUCUGUGACAAAUUCAUUGUGUUCCUUUGUCAUGGUUAUGAUUAGAACACACCAUUGUGAAUCUAAACCGUGACUUAUCAGUUAUAGAGGAUAUAUUAGGAUUUUCACCCAUACAGUAUGAGAACGAGAUCGUAUGUGUCUGUUGUGUUAUUACCCUCAACUUGAUAUCAGCAUCAAUUGCAUAUCUACGGCGUAUAGAAAUAAAGAAUAGAAAAUAAAUUAGGAUAGUCUUAAGAGCAUGGCCUAAUGUGAUUGUCAAGUCGCUUCUGCUGCACGAUGGAGAUAUUUCUCCAAAGAUCCGCCCUUUCAUGCAAUUAUCUUGCGCCUGUCAAAACUCAUGAUGCGUGACAUCACUGUGGAUGUGUCUGUUUUUUAUAAAUGAAUUAUUUCGAACCACACUAGGCUGUCGGUGGCAAGUGUGCAAGUAGAAAAGAAUAUGAUGGAAACACUACUACUACAUACUAGAUAGUAUAAAGCUAAUUGUGCAAAUGUUUUGUUCAAUGGGGUAAUUUUGGCAUAUUAACCAUAUUCAAUAAGAAUUUUGAUUGUGACAUUAUAAAUUAUAGUAGAGCAGGAAUGCUUAAAGUGCUUGAAUGACAAUUUCAUUUCAGCAGUAGCUUAUCUGUAAGUACUUGGCCUUUGAAUCCGGAGAGUUAUGGCCCAAGCACUGCUGACAAACUGGGCAAAAAAAUGAUGACUUGUUGUCAGACAGAUGUCAGUCUGCUUCUUGACUACUGUUGAGCAAGGCAAGGAGCGCCCGCACCUCACCCAGCGCAAGAGGUGCAACACUGUUUGCGUGCCUCUACAGUAUCACUCGGACAGUGUGUGAUCUUGUUCUUUGUGUGGAGAGCAUUUAAAAAAAAACAUACAACAGAUAUGUUAAAUUUCCCUGUGAGUUAUUACAACCAAUGAGGGGUUCAGAUGAUUUGAGAAGUAACUCAAACCUUGCUACUUACGACAUGCUAGCAGUUACCUCAUUAUGAUAGUUAGUUCUCAGCAGGAUGCUUUAAUUAUACAGUAGCUCCGAGUGCACAUUAAUAGGAGGCGCAUUCAUAAUCAGUGCGCCAAUUGGAAAUGAGGGACUCUACUAAAGAGCCAGUACACCAUAUACACUGUCACCCCUCUUAAAUUGUGAUCAACCAUGCAUCCACGUUCUAUACCGCUUACCUUGUUUGAUGUCAGAGCAAGAGCUGGAGGGAAUGGCGGACUACAAACUGGACUGGUUGCCAAUCAAUCACAGAAACAUUGCCUAUGGGUCAUUCAUUGGUAAUUUAUAUCACACCAGCUGCGCAAACGUCUGCUAUAUAUAAACCAUUAUACUACAAUGGCUUUCUACUUUGACUAAUACUGAUGUUUUAAUCCUAGCUCCAAGCACAAGGGAAAUAAAGAAACACCGAAUUAAACUCAGUUUGACUAAAGUUUACAUACACAAAAUACUGAAAAUAUGGCCAGGAAAUACAAUAGCACACAAACAUGUAUAGAAUCAUGGGUACAAAAAUAGUCUUGCUUGGCAGAGGGAGCAAAGCUAAAUACUACUUAACAAACACUGCUCUCUUUCUAAAUUUCAUACUGUCUACUUACAUUAACUAAUAGCUAAUUUAAUGUCAAGUCUUGUUUGGGCAAGUACUUUCUGUCUUAAGUUUAUCUGUAUGCAUUAGGUUAAAGUUAAGUGCAUGCUGGAUGUAAAAUGUCUGUAUUAAAGUUAAUUUUUCAAAAA